AUGGCACGCACCGCACCGGGGACACUGGGCGACUACGCGGCCGUGGCCUCGCAGGACAUGACCGAAAACACGGAGGCCUCGAGCACGGGCAUUGGCGCCGGCGGCCGCGCGCCCGGGACCUCGAGCGACCCUCCGGCGCCUCCUUCCGCGGAUGGCACCACUAUCAUGGAGGCUGGCGGCGCGGGCACGGAGACCGGCGACGGUGAGCUCCAAAACCAGCAGCCCGCCCCCCACGCCGGCGGCCGCGCGCCCGGAGCCUCGAGCGACUCUUUGGCGCCCUCUCCUCCGGACGGCACGACAGACACUGAGGCUGGUGGCGCGGUUACGGAGGCCGGCGGCGCGGGCACGGAGGCUAGCGGUGCGGGCACGGAAACGGGCGACGAUGAACCCCGACACCGGCAGCCCGGCACCGAAGCUCGGAGCCUACGCCGGCGCCUCGGCAUCGACGGCAUCCUCACCUUGAUUCCGGGCUCGGUCGUGCUGCUCUUGGUGGUGCUGGCCGAGGCUGCGCUCUGGCAGGAGGCGGCGUGGGCAAGGCAGGGGGGAGAGCCGAGACGGCCUUGGAUCAAUAUCUUCACCCGGAACUGGACUACCACGUCCAUCACGAUAAGCACGGCCAUCGUCCGGACCAUCGUGGCCCUCCAGGCCGGGCUUGUCGCCGCGCUACUCGCCGCCAUCAUCCUCGAGUCCAUCGGCGCCCCCCUGCGCGACGGACCCUUCUACUCCAUCGUCCGGGCCCUGACCGUCUCACCGCUUACCUUGUUGCUUCGGUCGUCGUCGUGGCCAAAGGGUAUCCUGGCAUUUUCCGUCUACGCGCUACUAGUCACCGAGGUCCUGGUCACCUUGGCGUGCCAGUUUCUCUCUACCCUGCUCGUGUCCGACUUGGCUAACGCGCCCGUCGUCGGCCUUAGCGUCCCCUUGACCGAUACGAUCUUCUUGGACCAGUCGCCGACCUUCAAUAUGGUUCAACUGUGGCAAGCGCCUCCUACCUCGAGCUGGACAUUUGCAGAGGUCUCGGGAUCGCACUUGCAAAAGGGCAACUUCGACAACACGGGAAACACCUAUCGAGCCCUGCUCCCCUUGAAUGAGGGGCGCCGAAAGCGUCUCCGACGGUUCCACGGGCCGGCGCCUAUCUUGGACUCCCAGGUGGCCUGCUUCAGACCGCAGAUGAGAAAUAUCACUAUGCGGAGGCCAGGGCCGCUGCUGACAGGCUUCGUCGGCAUCUCAUCGGGGCAGAUCGGAAACCAGAUGCUGAUGGAGCCCACCUCUAUGAACAUCAACUGCGAAAUUCCGGAUGGAAACCUCUAUGCGGCCGGCACGAGCCUGUGCUACCCCAAUUCGGGCAUGAGACCUAGCCAUAUGCCGAGUUUGAAACCUGGUCAAGACAUCAGUACUAUUCCUGUCAACAUCCCCCUAGACCCGUUCUACUUGGUCAAUCCGAGUCGGCAAGCGUCCGAAAUGUUCGUCAUGGUGAACAUCGGUUCUAUCCCGGCCAUGGACGGGCUUGUGCCUAACUCGACGGCGGACUCCCACUGGCCCGACAACGUAUGGCAUGACGACGGCCCCUGGGCGGUGGCUUCUAGCAACCUUAGCAACGACGCCGUCCGUGUCACGGCCUGCAUCGCCUCCCUCGGCUACAAGACAUUGACUGUCGACAUUAACAGCUCCGUCGAUGCCCGGGAGCCAAGGGUCACCUGGGACUCGUUGGCCGCCAAGUACGACACCGGGGCAAGCAGGAUCCAGCUUGGCGCAUCGUCUAAGAUGGAGAGCUUCCAAGAACGCGGCGUGCUAAGUCUAGCCCCAGUGUCACAAUGGGAGCACGAGGAUAAGACGACGCAGAACAACGACUCUGACUACUUCCGGAGAGCCAUCGAAGUUUCCUUCCCCGCGAGACUUGGGAAUCUACCUCAGCAGGCAGACAGCGGCGUCCUGCUCUCCAAGAUAACGCCCGGCGCGCACGAAGUCGAGGGCACAGACCAAGCGCACCCGGCACACGUCGACCUGUUCCACGACGUCCUGGGCGAUACGGGGAGCCCGGCCCUGGCGCUGCAGGCGCUGCUGACGAGGCUCUGCCAGAUGGCCUACUACGAGCGCCUCGACCGGACUAAUACGACGGCGCCCGCGUCCGUCUCCUUCUCCUCCUCCGUCUUGAUCCCCGUGCGCUGGACCGGCUUCUCCGCGGCCACGGCUCUCGUCGCGGCGCACUUUGUCCUCGUCGUGGCCGUCACGGUGCUGUUCCUGCGCCUCGCCAGGGACUCGCUAAUCGGCAACUCGUGGCAGGCCGUUUCGCAGGCCGUCUCGGAGGACACGCGGCCCCUCCUGGAGCAGGCCGGUGCCAUGACGGACAAGGACAUUGAGGCCUGGGCCAAGCGCCGGUCGCUCGGCAUCGCGCGCCCGGCUGGCCUCGCGUAUCGACGCAAUGGGCGGAGGGCCCUCGGCCUGCUGGAUGGAAAGGCGGGUUAA